CUUUAUAUUGGAUGACAUUAAUAUUAAUGAAAUACCUAUUUUGUUUGUUAACGAAGAAAACCAAAUUUCACAGAUACAACCUUUACUCGACAGAAAAUAAUGAAUCUCAGAUUUUAUUGGAGACUGGAGCACUAAUAGAUGAGAUACCAGAAACAGAAAGGGUAUCCCCUAUAGAUGACAGCAAUAAACAAGAAACAAUAGAAUUGACUAGAAGUGAAUCCGAGGUGAUAGCCCAGAAUUAUCUACAAAGUUUAGAGGAAAGUCUAUGGUAUGCAAAAACUUCCACCAGAAAAGGCAAAAAAGAAACUGAGAAACUAACAUUUGCUCUAACAUCUACUCAGUGGCUUGAACGAAAAGCGAAAAAAGAAGAAGUUAAAAAAAAGAAAAACCUUGAAAAAGAAGAAAGAAAUUAA